AUGCUAUAUGCCCUCUUGGAUGGGGCGGCCGUGGGCGCUCUGGAGCACGUAGAGCUGGACGAGCUGGCCGUCCUGGGCGCGAGGUACCCCGAGCGGGGGGCGGCCGGCAGGGUAGGAGACGCGCUGGAGUCAGUGUUCGGCCUGAAGAUCGAGAAGGCGGAGCUCACCAGCGCGUGCGCGGGCCGGGCCCAGACGAUAUUCGUGAAGGCCAAGAAGGAGGGCGUUGAGAUCCCAGAUGUCGCCCAGUGUUUUCUUCUCCUUCGAGGUGCGCGCCUGGGAGGAGACAGGCGCGCACUCGUGCUCGCGGCCAGCGAGAGGCAGUGGGCGUUCGAGAAGCUGGCCCUGGCACUGAAGACAGUCUACCCGAAGGUGCUGCCGGAGCACGGCGCGCACCUGGAGGAGGACGCCUUCCUGGCUGAGGUGGAGCAGGAUCGGGAGGAACCGAUUGAGGAGGACGAGGCCAUCCAGGUGCUGGCGACCUGGAAGGAGACUAGGGUGGCAGUUGCAGAGGAGCGUAAGCGACGUGGCCUGCCACCCCCGGCGGCACCAGACUUGAAGAAGUUCUCAGCGCGGGUCCGCUGCUGGGCAUGCAAGCAGGUGGGCCAUUUCAGUAAGGACAGUAAGGAGUGUCCGAAGCGAUCAGGCAAAGGUGGCGGCAAGACCCGAUUUGCGAGUUCGUUUGGCCAGAAGUUCGGGGCCGGUUUCGUGGAGAGCUUCUUCGCAGAGGAAAAGGGGGCCGACCCCUGGAGUGAGAUCGAGGAGAUCCUGGCAACGUGGGAUGACCGGAGCCUCCGAGAGCAGCUGACGGAGGACCACUUCUGGCGUUUGCGCAGCGAGGUGGACGAGAUCGACGACGACGAGGACGAGGCGGAGACGUUCAUGGUGCACUCGCCGGGCGCUGGGGUGAUCUGCGCAAGGGCCCUCAUCGGCCUGGAGACGCCGCGGGAGCUGAUCGAGGUAUCCGGAGAAGACAUCGAGACCGUUGAGGACCACAAGGUCGUCACGUUCAAGAGGUUCAGCGGCGACGAGCAGCACUCCAUAGGCAUCUGCAAGAUCCCGUGGAAGCUCGGCGACCACAUCGAGAUGGUAGACGUGUACGUGGUUUCGGGCAAGGCUGGCUUCCUCCUGAGCAAGCCCCUCUUGAAGAAGCUGGGCUGCACGCUGGACAUGGAGAGAGACGAGCUGGCGUUCGAGAAGUUGGGCGUCCGCGUGCGGCUCCAGACGACCCGCGGCGGUCACUACGAGGUGUUGCUCGACGGCUCGUCCGCGGCGUGCGUGGUGAAUCAGGCCAGUCCGUGGAAGCCUGUCAUCAUGGAGGUGUUUGCCCCCCCGAGGCUGACCAAGUGGGCCGAGGAGUUCGGGUUUGAGGAUGGUGGAGCUUAUGAUUUGCAGACAGGCUGGGAUGCUCGGCAGCGCGAGGACGUCUCCCGGCUGUUCUGCGACUUAGAGACCAAGGACCCGUUCCUCGUGUCGCGCAGCCCUCCACGCGGGAAGCUGUUGCCGUUGCAGGCCCUCACGACCGAGAACAAACGCGAGGAUCCUGAGAAGUUCGAGCAAGAGGUUCAGGAGGCUGUCUCUGUUAUUGUCUUGUGCCUGGUGAUUGCGGAGUGA